AUGUCUUCAGAGACCUCAUCAGCUGAUGACACCAAAGACCCCCAAAUACCGUCACACCCCAUGUACACCAAGGAGCCCAGAUCAUAUUAUACCCCUCAAAGCAUCAACCCUGAAAUAAACAAAAGCACCACCACCGAGGAGUACUUCAUAUUCAGGCCUUCAGUUGUCCAGCAAGCAGUGCAAAACCUUACAGGGUAUCUCUCCGAAGAUGAGGAUGGGCAACUCCAAAGCUCCUGGAUCUUGGCACAGAUUAGCCACUGGGGCACAGAGCGUGAAGUUCUUGUCUUCCUGUGUGAGCAUUCCUUUCUGAUCUGUUACUAUAACUUCCUAGAGAUGGGCAGCUGCCGUUUAUUCCGCAUCCCUCUGAAUUACAUUGACACAGUGAUAUGGGGACCUCUGGCCUACUCCAAGAUGGCGCUUAACAAGAGGGAGGGCUAUGCUCUCCAGGUGAAAUGGGACAAGCUCCGAGCUCCUCCAUCUUUCCUGUCAUGGUGGAAUCCAUGGACAGAAGACCUGUCCUAUGUCAACCUGAUCCAACACCCAGGAGUGGCCACCCAGGAGGACCUAAGAGACAUGUGCCAGCUGGAGCAAUUUAAGGAGAAGCUGAUGGAGAUGGUGAAGCUGGAACACCAACACAGUCCCCUCCCUGGGACAGCCAAUGGCCCACUCAUCCUCAACAGGCCUGUACAGAUAGAUACAUCCAUAGGACUGGUCUCUCUAGUCAACAGCAAAGUCCAGUUGGGUUACGCCAAGCCAAGGUGGGGAUUUGGAUUUUGA